GUGAAUUUCUUUCUGUGAAUCACAUACCGUAUGAAGAAUAAAUUACUAUUAACUGUAUUUUUGCGAAAUUUAAAAUAAAAUUUGUUAUUUCAAUAUACGGGAGCAUUAUAAAAAUGGUUCGUGUUAUAUCUCAAGAGACCUAUGAUGAAGUGGUUCAAGAGAAUAUCCAAGAAUUUGACAUGAGCGCGGAGGAAGCUAUCCAAGAUGCUAUAAACCAAUUUGAAGCUCAGGGCGUUGAUUUGUCAAAUAUAAUAAAAGAUUUAGUUUUAACAUCCGGCGAUGACCAUGAGAUCUCCAAAUCAAUAAAAAAACUCCAAGAACUCAAGGAUGAUGGUGACGACAGUGAAAUAUUAAAGGAAUUAGAAAUUGUGAAGGCAGAAUGCAACAAAGACAUAGCUCGUAGGGUAAAAGCAGGCAAAGAAGGUGCCUAUACAUUAUUACUAGAACUACUGCAAGCGAGACAUAAGAUGACCCUGGAAACAGUAAAUGAAAAAGAUGCAACAUUUAUUAUAAAUGUCUUGAAUACUUUAAUAGCGCUAAUGGAUGUGCAGCCUGAUUUGUUAGAUCAGAAAGGUGCUGAUGUUAUUAAAAGCAUUUUGGAUAACACAGAAGAUGAGAAUAUCCUGAUAGCCACAUUGAAAUGGACAAGCACAUGCUGUAUAAAGCAUGAAAUGAACCGUCAAAGGUUGUUUGCGAAAAAUAUUGCAAGCAACUUGAAGUCUUUGCUGCAAGUUGAGAAUAAUGUUAAGUUACUAUCAGAAGUGUUAUCAGUAAUCCGAAAAUUCCCCCUGGACGAUGAUAUUAGAGUGGAAUUUGGCAAAGCACAUGACCAUGCCAGGGAACUUGGAUUCCAGCUACUAGAGCCAUUAACUAACUUGUUAAAAGAACACACGACACCACCUUUAGUAUCAGAACUGAUGUCGACGAUAGCGAGUCUCCUAGUACGCCACGAGCUGUGUGCUACGGUGGCAGAGGGUGGCGCAGAUGUAUUGUUCACAGUGCUAGCUGACAACUCGGAGAACGCCGCGGUCGUGCAGCAGGCGAGCAAGCUGAUUACAGCUUUAGCCGGUAACGACGAUGUGAAGAGGCAGCUGAUUAAAAGUGGAAUAGUGCCUGUCAUAGUGCUGCUACUCACUAGACACGCGAGCAAUGCGUCAACAACAGCGUCCACCCUAAAAUGCAUCGCGGCCCUAACCCUGCGCGAGACGCCGCACAGCCGCCUGUUCUACGACUGCGGGGCGCCUGAGGCCAUCGUCGACUGCCUCAAGAGGCACCCAGAUAACGAAGCAGUACAGAAAAACGGGUGCUGGGCGAUCCGCAACAUGGUAGCUCGGUGUCGCGACAUGAACCCCAAGUUCAAGGAGCUGGGCGUGGAACCUAUCCUGUUUGCUGCUUACGAGAGGUUCCUCAAGGACUUCGGUUUCGACGUCAAGUCGGCGCUGAGGGAUCUCGAGUGCGAUGUCAAGUUUGACGAGCAGUGGACUGGCAAGGGCGUGGAAUUGAAGCAGUGAUGUUCUUACACAUUUAUAUCUUC